CGUCCCGGACUAGUUUCUAUUGUCCCCCCCGCGAAGUUUAACAUUUGUGGCCUGUCUGCUGAGUUCAAGAGAUUAACCACAGCGACAUUUCAACCGUUUAAUUCCUUCGCAGAUGCUGAAGGUGAUUGAGAAUCAUCUCGAGAAAUUCGAUUGAUCGAUGAAUCCUAGAAGGGAGCCUCGGGGUGGAAGAAGUGCGCUCUUUGAUGGCAUUGAAGAGGGAGGAAUCAGAGCUGCUUCUUCUUCUUCUUACACCUCUCAUGAGAUCAAUGAGCAUGAGAACGAGCGUGCCUUGGAAGGUUUGCAAGACAGGGUCAUUCUCUUGAAACGACUUUCCGGUGAUAUAAAUGAAGAGGUAGAUGCUCAUAACCGCAUGCUUGACAGAAUGGGUAAUGAUAUGGAUUCGUCAAGGGGGAUUCUCUCAGGAACCAUGGACCGGUUUAAAACAGUGUUUGAAACAAAGUCAAGCCGAAGAAUGCUGACACUCGUGGCAUCGUUUGUGGGUUUAUUUCUAGUCAUUUACUAUCUUACUCGUUAGAAUGGCAAACCGAAGUAUUCUGAACAUCCAUCCAUUGAUCUUAUGAUAUUUUCAUAAUCUAUGUUGCCUCCUGCAUGUGUAAUGAAUGAUAUACCGCCUUAGUGUUAUAGUAUAAUCCAGUGCAUCUUAUUAUAUUUUCA